UUCUCGUCCCACUCCUAGAACUAGCACUGCAGUAGAAGUAAGUGAUGCUACUACUGCCCCAAUCCAAAAUUCUCCACAAAGAGAUUCACGCUUGAAAAAGGCUAAAACUAUGUGCUCAGGUCAGCAGGAUAUGGAGUCAACAUUGAAAGAGCUCAUUUACACUGAAUCUGAUCUUAUCAUAACACCAAUCAUUGACAAUCCAAAGAUAAUGAAGCAAGUGCCAGUUAGAUUUGACUUGAAAACUUUACAUGUACCAACAUAUUCAGCUGAGAAGUUAUUGUCUAUGAAAGAUGUGGACUGGAAUGACUUCUUGCAACGAGUAUGUUCACUGCUUGAUUCCACCAAGAAGAAUACAGGAGCAGCACGUUCUAAACUGAACUUACUGUACUAUCUGUGUACUGUAGCUGUCCACAAGGAAGUUGCAAGCAGGCUAAUUAGCUCUCAGCUGUUUCCUAUAUUGAUACAGCAGCUGCGUGAAGCUGCCAACUGGGAUAUACGUGCCAAAGUUGCUCGACUGAUUGGUUUACUGGCAUUACACGCAUCUGAACUUGGAGAAAAUGUACCUGUUUCAGAGGCAAUUAUACUUUUAACUGAACUAAUCAGAGAGAACUUCAGAAAUAGCAAAUUGAAACAAUGCCUUUUACCAGCACUUGGGGAGCUUCUUUACCUCAUAGCCAGCGAGGAGGAAAAAAGGGAGCACCCCAGAGAAUGCUGGGUUGUUCCCUCAGCUACUUACACUGUGCUAAUGAGGUGUCUUCGGGAAGGGGAAGACCGGGUAGUGAACCAUUUGGCAGCAAAGAUAAUUGAAAAUGUUUGCACUACUCUCUCUUGCCAUGCACAAGGAUUUAUUACAGGAGAAAUUGGACCUGUCUUGUGGUACCUUUUCACACAUUCUACAGUAGAUUCUUUGAAGAUAACUGCUGUUUCGGCUCUAUGCAGAAUGACUCGUUAUUCACCCAAUGCUUUCCAGAGUGUCAUUGAAAAGGUGGGAUUAACAGCUGUACUAAAUUCCUUGGCAAAUGGAAUAUGCAAAAUUCAGCAGUACAUGCUCACCAUGUUUUCGGCAAUGUUGUCAUGUGGGAUUCAUCUACAGAGGCUGAUUCAAGAAAAG